UCUUGUGCAGAUCUGAUAAUGGUGUUAUUGGACGUGCUCCGUGCAGUCGGAUUCCCGGGCAGUGUUUGCUGUUUUCAUUCUGUAACAGCUUUGUGGUGUUGUGUGCGUGUGCGCACAAUGUAGGUUAAUGUCGAUAAAAGCCGCGAGGAAUGUCGACGGUGUACGCAGUCAUUUGCCUCUGACCCUCUUCCCCCCCCCGCUAUCAUUCUUGAAUAUGUUUAUUGGGUUCCAGCCCCCUUCCUCUUCCUUUUCCCAUCCCCGUUUGCUUUGUGAUGUCGAGUGAAAACAGAACGUAAUAACAACAUGAAAGUGAUGAUGUCGGCAUUUCCUUGCGAUGGGUGGAUUCAACAAGUGGGCGGUCUGCACUGUUGAGAAUGCAACAUAAUUGAGUCUCCCCAUGCCACACACCAUUCCCCGGCCAAAAGGGCAAGAAAGAAGACAUGGUUCUUCAUGUAAGGCGACCCUCUCACCAGCUUCAUCAACCUCCAAUUCCGCAACAUCACCGAUCCCAAUGAAAUCCAAAGCCUGCAGUAGCCAUACCACCAUCGGUAGCAACUCCAAGCCAUUCAAGACACCAAAAGACAAUCUACAAACCUCCAGUAAUAAGCAGCAACAGGCAGUCUUUCCUUCCAAAGUAACAAAAGAUAAAUCAUGUGUUCCUGUCCCAGUAGUCAGCCUUCAGAAGAUCCCUAACCUGGUGAAAACAGAUGGUGCCAAUGUUAAAAUGAGUUCCACCACUGCUACCACCUCUACCACCUCUUCUGCCUCCUCAUCCUCCACAUCUUCUGCAAGUUUGGUUAAAUCUGGUUUGACAUCAACAACAUCAAAGUCUGUGCCACCUUCAUCUGAGAAGAUUUUGAAUGGGAAAGCAAUAGUGCCGCCUGUGGUAGACAAGAAACAUCAGAAUGGUGCUAAAAGUAGUAACAAGUCGCACAAAAGACUUUCUGAGAGGGAAUUUGAUCCCAACAGACAUUGUGGUGUUAUGGAUCCUGAGACAAAGAAGCCAUGUACAAGGUCACUUACCUGCAAGACCCAUUCACUUAACCAUCGGAGAGCAGUGCCGGGUCGAAGGAAACAAUUUGACAUUCUUCUUGCUGAACACAAAGCUCGCUCGAGGGAGAAAGAAACUGUGAAAGAUAAGGAGCACCCUCAGAUGUCAAAGGACAUUCUUCAGAGCCAAUCAAUGCCUACACAAGAGCAGGUUACAGGAUCUUUAACAAACUCUGGUUUAGAGACUAAACUUGCAUCGCCAGCAAAAUCUAGAUCAUUGAACACUGCUCUUGCUAGCCGAGUUUCAGCCAUCAACAGUGUAAAUAAUAUGGCAUCUAACAGUGCAACAGUAUUGGAAUUGCCAUUGUCCAUAAUCGGAGACUUAGCAAACCGAAUGUCCAGUGAUGAAGGAGAAGUGGAUGGCUCAGAGGAAACCGAAAAACUGGACUGUCAUUAUUCUGGGCACCACCCAAAGCCACUAGGAUAUUGCACUUUUGGAAGUCGCCUGAUGGGCAGAGGUUUCUAUGUCUUUGACAGAAGAUGGAACCGUUUUCGACUGGCACUUAAUUCAAUGGUAGAAAAGCACCUGAAUUCACAGAUGUGGAAGAAAAUUCCUCCUGCAGCGGACAGCCCCAUGCCAUCACCCACAACUUUUUCCACAUCAGUGCUGCAGCCUUUAAGCAGCCCUUCUGCAGUUUAUCUUCCUUCAAGCUCAGCAAUUACUCCCUCUUACGUAAUGACAGCCCCCAUGUUGUCAUCUGCAGGGUUUGUGACCACAACAGACACCAAACCCAUCAUGUCGUACAAUGCUGCCUUUCCACAUGCAGCCACUGCAUUUAGUUUGAUGGACUCUGCAUUCAAAGCCCCGUCGUUAUUGUCACCAGUACCUGCUGUUGUACCUUCCCCAUCGCUCAGUAAACCACCGAAAACGAAAACCAGCAGAUCGUCCAAAGUUAAGGACCUUCCUACCCGCAGUGAGAGGGGCUCGUGUAGUAAGAGGAAGAAACCGCCACCUCCUGUCUCCUCCCCAUUUCCUUCAACAUUACAGAGCUCAGCUUCAAUGCCAUCGUUUUCAGGAUCACACAAAAGGAACUGCAUACUGAACCCUGGCACUGCAUUGAACUCUUUUCCAGCCACAUCUUCCUACAGCGCAAUGUCUGUGCACAAUACGAACAAUGGAACCAACGCACUCAGUGCCAAAAUAGACCCCUCAGGACGGACUACUCUGCCUGGCAGCUCGACGGACUCUAUUAAACACAUGAGCAUGGUGGUAAGCAGUAUUGACCCCACUUUGUCUGUUUCCUCCCUGGUGCAUCACCCAGGGGACCAUGCACUAGUAGCACAUAAUGCUAUGUCUUCGCUGCCCCUUCCUUUUGACAAGUCAGAAGGUAAAAAACGUAAAAACUCUAGUUCCAGCAGUAAAUCCAAUAAAAUAACCAAAAUGCCUGGUAUGAACAGUGUUCACAAACGAAGUGCUGCCAACGUCAUGUCUUCAGUCUCGGAAACUUCGAACAAUUCUGUCUCCCGCCAGAUAGGAAAAAGUAGCAGUAUAUCUUUAUCACAAUCCAGUCCUUCAACCACAACAAGCCUUGCACAUGGUAACAGACAAGUAGCCAAAACUCCAGCAGUGAAAACUCUUUUCAUGGGAUAGUAGUUUUGAAAAGAUUCAGUAGUUCAAACUGGCUCUGGUACUUACCUUCAACUGCAUAAUGGACUGCACCGAUAAGACAAGAACCUCU